CGCGGCGAGAAAUAAAUCGCGGACGGAGUGAGAAAAGUCCCCGGCGGAAGAAUGGCCAUUGCUGCAACAGCAGCACAGCUUGCAGAACGUGAUGGGCCCAAUGGAAACAACGCCUAACCAUGCCACUCUUUGCCCCGCACAUGGCGGCUCCUCCCAGCUGCGUCAGAGGACCAGAAAUCACCUUGGAUGCAUCAUAGAGACUGUGGGCUGAAACCCCCUUUGAGGCAGAACUGAACUCCUCCACUCCACCGAGUCGGCCCGCGCGUGCGCAGUGCGUGCGCAAGGGAAAAAAAACCCCAACAACCUUCUUCCCGGAAUGCCCCACGUGAGCGUUAUGAGUGAGGUGGAAAUAGAUGCGAGGAAGCCCCGCCUCAUAACAAUGAUGGGGCCAAGAUGGCGCCUGGCGAUAGCUGCGCUUGUGGGCUUCGUCGUUCCUGUCCCUGGGUUGGCUGAAGUGGCUUUGGAAAGUGAUGGGAAAAACCCAGCCAGUUUGCCUGGGGUCACGCCGUGUUGGCAAAGCGAGGAUUUCGUGGUGACCCAGCAGUGCGCUCCCUGCCAGAGUUUUCAGGCGAAAACGAUGCCAGAAUGCAGCGUGACGGGCUUCGUUGAGCAGAUCAACUGCAGCGCUUCCAAGAAGGGCGAAUACAAGAGCUGCCGUUCCAUGGAGAUGGAAGCUCGCAUCUUCUGGAAGUUCGAGGGCGCCAUGCUUGGCGUGGCGGCCGUCUUCGCCCUGCUGGUGGUGUGUCGGCAGCGCAUGCUCGACCGCAGAGCCUUGGAGAAAGUGCGCAAGCAGAUAGAAUCCAUCUAGUCGCGCCGGGGUCUCUCGCCGCACUUUUCGGAACAGAACCUAGCGACAGCGGUUGCGGGGCAGCGGCGGGAGUGAAUCUUCCAUUGGACUGUUUGGAGGAGGGAACGAGCACCCUGUGCUCAUUGGAAAGCAUUUCCCCCCCCCUUCACUUCUGGCCACUAGGGAAUGCUGCUUCCCACACCUGGGACCUAAAGGCACUUGGACUGAAACUGUUGCAUUGAAAUGCUGGCAACUUGCAUCGUUUUUUGAACAUCCUGGGCACUUGUACGAAGAACCGUCUUGCACCCCACAUUGUCUGUGGUGCAUCCUGACUUGGUUUCCUGCAUGGUCUCGAUCUGUUGCAAACUCUUCUGCCUCUCUAGCCUGUGUUGGAUUCAAAGGAGCAAGCCCAGCAUCUCCCUGGUCAUACCACUGUUUUAUUAAAGACCAGAAAACCCCGGUGAGCAUCUCUAAAUCUUGUAAGGAAAGUGACUGAUCUCUGCCCUUAUUCAUGCAACGCCCUUUCUUUUUGGGGGUGCGGAAAAUGUAGCUCUAUUUUGGCUUUUUUAAAAAGCCGCCCUGCGUAUAGUCUGGGUGUGUGUGUGCGCGCUGUCAGAACUUUACUGUGGCUUAUUUUAAACAGCCGUCCCUACUGGAUUCCUCUGUAAGAAACCUCAAUGUGAUUAAAAGCACGAUGAAGCUUUCCAAACGCA